GAACUUCAAUUAUUCAUCAAGCCUCAUGAACCAUUGACUCAUUCCUACAGGGGAGUGGCUGUUCAAGUUGACGUGUUAAAGGAAGACAACACAGGCUUCAAAAAUCUCCCACAUACAGUGAAACAACUGAAUAAUGGUUAAAAUACGGGCAACUUCCUGGAAGUGAAACAGUUCAAGUGUGUGUUGUGCAAACGAAUGUUUGCAAAGAUAUCGACACUUGUGAGUCAUCAGCACAUUCACACUGGGACGAAACCAUUUGUAUGUAAGGUGUGUAACAGGGGCUUCACACAGUUAGCAGGCGUGGUGAAACACCAGCACAUUCACACUGGGGUGAAACCAUUUACCUGCCCGGUAUGUGACAAAUCAUUCUCAGAGUCAUCACACCUCUGUGUUCACCAGCAGGUUCGCACAGGGGAGAAACCCUUUUCAUGUGAGGUAUGUGACAAAUCAUUCUCAGAGUCAUGGAUCCUCCGCAGGCAUCAACGCAUUCACACAGGGGAGAAACCCUUUGUUUGUGAGGUCUGUGACACAUCAUUCUCACAGACAUCUACCCUCCGCAUACACCAACGCAUCCAUACUGGGGAAAAGCCAUUUACCUGUGAGGUGUGCAACAAAUCGUUCUCCGAUUUAUCAACUCUCCGCAGACACCAACGCAUUCAUACAGGAGAGAAACCGUACAAAUGUGAGGUGUGUGACAAGUCGUUCUCAGAGUCAUCAACUUUGCGGGUACACCAGCGUAUUCAUACUGGGGAGAAGCCAUUCACAUGUGAGGUGUGUGAAAAAUCAUUCUCAAAUUCAUCACAUCUCCGCAGACACCGACCUGUCCACACAGAGAAGAAACCAUUCAUGUGCGAUGCAUGUGACAAAUCAUUCUCAGAUUCAUCAAGUCUCCUGCUCCACCAAAGGAUUCACACAGGGGACAAACCGUUCAAGUGUGAUGUUUGUGACAAAGUGUUCGUAGAAUCAUCAACUCUCCGUGUACACCAACGCAUUCACACAGGAGAAAAACCAUUCACGUGUGAGAUGUGUGACAAAUCAUUCUCAGAAUCAUCAACCCUUCGCAGACACAAACGCACUCACACAGAGGAGAAACCAUUCAUGUGUGAGGUGUGUGACAAAUCAUUCUCACAGACCUCAACUCUCCAUGUACACAAACGCAUUCACACAGGGGAGAAACCAUUCAUGUGUAAGGUGUGUGACAAAUCAUUCUCAGAUUUAUCGAGCUUCCACAGACACCAACUCAUUCACACAGAGGUGAAGCCAUUCACAUGUGAUGUGUGUGGCAAAUCAUUCUUGACUUCUUUGCACCUUCGUAGACACCAACCUGUCCAUACUGGGGAGAAGCCAUUCUCAUGUGAUAUGUGUGGCAAAUCAUUCUCACAAUCAUCAACACUGGUGAGUCACCGACGUAUUCACACUGGGGAGAAACCAUUCGUAUGUGAGGUGUGUAACAGGAGCUUUACACAACUGUCAAGCCUGGUGAAACACUGGCUUAUUCACACUGGGGAGAAGCCAUUUACCUGCAAGGUGUGUGAUAAAUCAUUCUCAGAGUCAUCAUCCCUCCGGGUUCACCAGCGUAUUCACACCGGGGAGAAACCCUUCACGUGCGAGGUGUGUGACAAAUCAUUUUCAGAGUCAUCAACUCUUCGCAGACAUGAACGCAUUCACACAGGGGAGAAACCCUUCACAUGUGAGGUGUGUGACAAAUCAUUCUCGCAGACAUCAACUCUGCGUGUGCAUCAACGCAUUCACACGGGGGAGAAACCAUUCACUUGUGAAGUAUGUGACAAGUCAUUCUCCGACUUAUCAACCCUGCGCAGACACCAACGCAUUCAUACAGGGGAGAAACCAUUCAAAUGUGAGGUGUGUGAUAAAUCAUUCUCAAAUUCUUCACACCUCCGCAGACACCAACCCAUUCACACCGGGGUAAAACCAUUCACAUGUGUGGUGUGUGACAAGUCAUUCUCUGAUUCAUCAAGUCUCCUGCUCCAUCAGAGAGUCCACACAGGGGAGAAACCUUUCAAGUGUGAGGUGUGUGAUAAAUCAUUCUCAGAGGCAUCGACCCUCCAUGUACACCAACGCACCCACACAGGAGAGAAACCUUUUGUGUGCGAGGUAUGUGAUAAAUCAUUCUCAGAGACAUCAACUCUUCGCAGACACGAACGUAUUCACACGGGAGAGAAACCUUUUGUGUGCGAGGUGUGUGACAAGUCAUUCUCGCAGACCUCGACUCUCCGCGUGCACCAACGGAUUCACACAGGGGAAAAGCCAUUCACUUGUGAAGUAUGUGACAAAUCAUUCUCCGACUUGUCAACUCUUCGCAGACACCAACUCAUUCACACAGGAAUGAAACCAUUCACAUGUGAUGUGUGUGACAAAUCAUUCUUGACUUCUUCGCACCUUCGCAGACACCAACCUGUCCACACUGGUGAGAAACCAUUCUUAUGUGUGGUGUGUGACAAAUCAUUCUCAGUUUCAUCGAGUCUCCUGCACCAUCAGAGAGUACACACGGGGGAGAAACCUUUCACAUGUGAGGUGUGCAAAAAAUCAUUCUCAGAAUCAUUGACCCUUCGCAGACAUCAGCGCAUUCACACUGGGGAGAAACCAUUCAGGUGUGAGGUCUGCAACAAAUCAUUCUCACGGUCAUCAACUCUUCGUGUACAUCAACGAAUCCACACAGGAGAAAAGCCGUUCACGUGUGAGGUGUGUGACAAGUCUUUCUCAGAUUUAUCGAGCUUCUGCGUACACCAACGAAUUCACACUGGGGAGAAACCAUUUACGUGUGAAGUAUGUGACAAAUCAUUCUCAAGAUCAUCACACCUCCGCAAACACCAACGCAUUCACACAAGGGAAAAUUCUUUCACGUGCAACGUGUGUGGUAAAUCAUUCUCAGAUUCAUCAAGUCUUCUGCUCCAUCAGAAGAUUCAUACAGGAGAGUAUCCUUUCAGUUCUGAGAUUGUGAUGAACCUUCCCUGAUGUGUUUGAACAUUUGGAAUGCACCAGGAUUCACACAGGGGAGAAACGCUUUCAGUGUGCUGUUUGUGACAAGGCUUCCACAGAGUCAGUAAAGUUCCUGGUCCAUCAUUGUGUUUACUUUGGGAAGAACCUAAAUAGCUACCUGAUAAAUAAAAGCAAAACACUGUGAAUGUUGGAGAUCUGAAAUGAAAAUGGAAAAUGCUGGAGAUAUACAAGAGAACUUGCAGCAUCUGUGGAGAACAAAACAGAGUUAACAGAUUGACUUAAUGUUUCACGAGUAAAGUUAUCAUAGAAUCCCUACAGUGUGGAAAUAGGCCCUUCGACCCGACAAGUCUGCACUGACUCUCCGAAGAGUA